GCGCGCGGCGCGGCGGAGUCGUCUCCCGGACCGUUGCCGGGGCCGUUGCCGGGCUCCGAGCGCUGUCCCUGCGGGGUCUUCUCGCGCUCUCUCUUCUCUUUCCCGGCGUCGCGCGGCAGGCGGAGGCGGCCGCCGAUAUGGCUCGGAACACGCUGUCCUCGCGCUUCCGCAAGGUGGACAUCGACGAGUUCGACGAGAACAAGUUCGUGGACGAGCAGGAAGAAGCGGCGGCGGCCGCGGCGGCGGAGCCGGGCCCGGACUCGGACCCAGACCCCGGGGAGGUGGACAGCCUGCUGCGGCAAGGUGACAUGCUCAGAGCAUUUCAUGCAGCUUUACGAAACUCCCCUGUCAAUGCGAAGAAUCAAGCAGUAAAGGAACGGGCCCAAGGAGUGGUACUGAAAGUGCUCACGAACUUUAAAAGCAGUGAGAUAGAGCAGGCUGUACAAUCAUUAGACAGAAAUGGCAUUGACUUGUUAAUGAAGUACAUUUAUAAAGGAUUUGAAAAGCCCACAGAGAAUAGCAGCGCCGUGUUACUUCAGUGGCAUGAGAAGGCAUUAGCAGUAGGUGGUCUAGGUUCCAUAAUAAGAGUUCUCACAGCAAGAAAAACUGUUUAAAAAAAAAAAAAGACUUUUUAACUUGCACUGAGAAGACCAGAAGAGUUUGGGGGACCCAGGACAAGGAAGAAGGAAUAAUGGAGAUGACACUGGCCCAUCUUCCCCAAAACUACAGUGAAUCUAUUUCAGACCAUUCAUUUGUUGAAAAUGCUUUUUAUUUUUGAGGUGGAGGGGGGGAAACCCAAUGUUCUGCUGCUGCCUUUUCUCAAUCCUGCACAUGAUCUGACAUUCUCCUUCGCCUGGGAGUAAGAGAAUUGCCACCAGUGAAAUUGGAUAUUGGAGAAAGGAGGAUUCAUUCUGCUGGUGGAUGCUCCUGGGCACUGCUGAUGUAGAAUGUUGGGAUGCCUUUGGCAGGUGUAGAAUUUUUGCUGCUUGGAAAGGGAGUGCUUGUUUGGUGUUAUAUUUUCAAAGAAUCUGAGGGUUUGUACAGAAAUAGUCUUCCUAGAGGAGGGAGGCAGACUCUGGGGCUGAUUUUUAUUGUAAAGUGCCUGCUGGAUCAAUAAAGCUCUUCACUCAUUAGUAUAUUAAUUUUUGGUGUGUUUCAUCCAGUAAAACAGAAGAGUGAUGCUAAAUGGCAGGGGGUUCUGAGUUGUUUAGGGAGACUGACUAAGAACAGGAGAGCUGCACGUCUUGGCUCCUAAGCCAUGUGGAUGGAUGCAGCUUGUGGGUCUAGUCUACAUGCAGUCAGGCCAUUAGCUCUGCAUCACUACCUAAGCUGAUGGAUCACAGGAAGGCAAAAUGAUGUUUGGUGUUUAAAUAUUUAUUGUUUCAUACAACUUCAAGUUUACCUUGUCUGUACAUCUUGGUUCUUAAGUUAAUAAAGUACCAACCACAUUUAA